AUGUUUCAGCUUGGCACAGUGUUGGGAAACCGUGCUCAGCUCCCAACGCCUCCACCUCCCCAGUGGCUUGAGUUCAAGAACUUGAGAGCGUUCGUAGAUGUAGACGGUAAACCACUUUCUUGUCAUGCUGUGUGCGUCGACCGCAAAGCAAGGGAUGUAAGCUGCUGGAUUGCAUCAGAGGUACCCAAACGAUUCACUGUUAAUCUCAUGAAGGAAGAAACGCCCUAUCCCGUGCGUGUGGAUGCAAUCCUCGACGGGAGACCAAUGAAGCACCGAUUAGCUAGGAAGCAUGAAGUGGAUAUGAUCACUUUUGAUUCCAUUCGUACUUCAGCGAAUACCAAGCGUCCUUUUGUAUUUUCUCCCCUCGAAUUGACAGACGACGAGGACCCUGAGUUUAGUAGCCACAACUUCAACCACAUUGGUGAAAUCAAGCUCGAAGUACAUCGCGUCACGCACAUCAAACGUCAUCGUCGCAGAAUCACAGAACCAAAAUCAAAGAACAAGCCGAAGCCGAAGAAGAAGAAGAAGAAUGACGAUUCGGAUAGCGAUGAUUAUGACUGUGGUUGUCACGCUGAAUUAACACCGUCCCCUGAAAGCUCUGAAUAUGACUCUGAAUAUGACCUCGAAUUCGAGGAAGACGUAGAAACCCGUGAGAACUAUCCGGAUGUACCUGAAGUUGAGGUGGUACAUGAGAAAUCGAGGGAGGCGCAGACAGUGCCUCAUCAGAUUGCCUACGGAGAAGACCAGUACAAACCUUGCUAUCGCGAUAAUAGCGAAUGGACUACAUAUAGGGUGUAUACCGACUUGAAGGAAUUGGUCGCUUCUUUUACUUUUCGUUACAGACCCCUUGACGUUCUCGUCAGCAAUUGCAUCGUCCGUCAAAACCCAGUUCCUUGCGUUACGCCCAAGAUCACUAGCCCAGAUAAGCCUGCAGGUACACCCCUUCGUCCGAUGAGAGAAGCAAGUGUGCAGGUCAGAGUAGAAGAAAACGAGGAAGAUAUCAAUAAUGCUUUGGCUGGGUUAUCGCGUCCACCUGUGACCCCUGAUCUCGGAUUACCUAUAACAAACCAAGUAGGCUCAUUCGAAGAAGAAUUGAAGCCUGGAGCCACUCUCAGCUAUGACGAUAACGACGAUGACGAAAUAUGCAAUGCUUUCGAUGAGAGAAUCAAGACUUUAAUGGCCAAAGUCGAACAGCUUCGAGCGGAAAAACGCAAGAGGCGCGAGGAAAUACAAGAUACAAUUAUUCCAGACAAGAUAACGUUUAUUCCAGACAAAAUAACGUUCAAAGAUGAUAUGUACGCCUACAUAAAUAUUGAACGGCCAGUGGGAACAGAUCGUCUCCCCUGUUACAACACUGUCUUUGAUGAGCGGACCAAGGAAGUCAGCUGCUGGGUCGCAUCUGAGGAGUAUAGGAACUUUACGAUUUUGUUCCGCAACAAGGCUUAUCCGUCAUGCUCCAUUCGCGCUGCUCUGUAUCUGGACGGCCAAGAAAUACAACAUCGUUACUUUGAGGCAUAUAAAGACCAAUACUUCAAGUUCAGUGCACAGCAAAUUUCUUUAUAUCACGAACGGCCAUUCAUGUUUGCACCACUGGAUGUAACAGACGACGAAUUAGGUCCUGACUCCUUCAUUGCUUCCGCUGCUAAUUGGAAACAAGUCGGGAAAAUAUCACUCGAAAUUCACCGGGUCACAGAUGUCCUUCCAAAAUCUGGUACCAAACCUACGAAAACAGCGUUAACAAAUGAUUAUAAAAAAUACAGAGAUAUACCGGAGAUACAUCAAUUCAGCAGGAAGCACUUUUUAGUCGACACUAUGCCCCAUCAAAUUGUAUAUGGUGAUAGACGCCCUGUCAGACAUAAGAGGUAUCCAGGUGAUAUUGAAAGGUCGGGAACAAUUUUGAAAGAACGGAUCGUGACAUUCACGUUUCGGUAUCGGCCAAUAGAAUAUAUUCGACAGAGUGUAAUUUCCUGUUUUCCAACUGGUUCAAGUAGCUCAGCGGGCCAUGAAAUUGAGGAUGGGAAUCAAUCAGCUUCGAAUUCAAUAAAUUCUUCGACACUUCAAGGAUGUGCAGUUGUGGAAGAUAGAAAUGAGCCCAAUGCCAAUCAAGCGGCUGUGGAAGACAACGAAAGAACCUUAGAGCGCCUGCCAACCAACUUAGGAAAGCGAAAAACUUGGAAUGUCAUCACAGAUAAUACCGUCAAGAGAGCGAGAGUCUUGUCGCCUCCUAUGACGUUCAGGAACAUUCCUGCAUUUUUUGAAAGCUAG